CGUGCUCGCGCGCCAAAUCCCAUCAUUUCCGUUAAAACCAGCGAUGGAGAAACGUGUUGAAAUGGGCGACGAUGGUGCCCGAAAAUGUAAUUCUUCCCACGAGAACUUGGGUAUCAUGAAAUUGAACGAUCACAAAGCUGGGAUGCAAGGAUUGGAUACAGCUAAAAUUAAUCAAAUCAUUGAAGAGGCUUCCAAAGGUUCUCAAUUUUAUCAGCACAAGCAGAAAAAUCAAGAAAGAAUUGAUGCCAAGAUUGCUAAUUUGAAGGCAGCUUGUGCCAAAUUGACUGAAGAGCAGAAGAAAAUGGCCAGAGCCAAAAUGGACAGUCUGGCUCAAAAACUUGAGCUGACGAGGGAUUUGUCUCGCACAAUGGUGCAUGUGGACAUGGAUGCCUUCUAUGCUGCUGUUGAAAUGAGAGAUUGCCCAGAAUUGAAGACUAAACCCAUUGCAGUUGGCUCUUCAUCCAUGCUGACUACAUCCAAUUAUCUGGCCAGAAGAUUUGGCGUCAGAGCAGCCAUGCCUGGAUUCAUAGCCAAAAAAUUGUGCCCUGAGCUGGUGAUUGUCCCCACCAAUUUCCCAAAGUACACGGAAGUGAGUCGCCAAGUGCAAAAAGUGUUUGCCGAUUACGACCCCGAGUUUAGCGCCGCUUCGCUGGACGAAGCUUAUUUGGACCUGACGGACUUUCUCUGCGCUCGUAAAGAGUCUGGUGCCGAGAUGACGGCCUCGGAAGCUGUUGAGGAGAUGAGGGCCAAGAUCUUGGAAUCGACCCAAUUAACGGCCAGCGCUGGCAUCGCACCCAACGGAAUGCUGGCCAAAGUGUGCUCGGACAAGAACAAGCCCAACGGCCAAUUCAUUUUGGAGAACAGCAAAGAGGCGGUCGACGAGUUCAUCAAGGACUUGCCCAUCCGCAAGAUCAGCGGCAUUGGCAACGUGACGGAGCAGCUCUUGGGCUCGUUGGGCAUCUCCACGUGUCGAGAUUUGUGGAAUCAUCGGGAAUUGCUUUACUUAUUGUUCAGCGAGUCCAGUUACGACUAUUUCUUGCGGGUCGCUCUGGGAAUCGGUUCCGGCGGUGGUGGCGGCGAUGGAUCUGAACGUGAACGUAAAUCGGUGAGCUGCGAGACGACGUUCCGGUCGACCAGCGAUCGUAACGAAUUGUGCGACAUUAUCCGUCAAUUGAGCGCCGAUUUGGCCCAAGACCUGGAACGUCACGGUGUGCUGGGUCGAUCAGUGACGUUGAAAUACAAGACGGACAAGUUUGACGUGAAGACGCGGAUCACGCAGUUGACGGGCUACACGGGAGAUGGCGGUGUGAUGGCCAAAGCGGCCACCAGUUUGCUGCCGUCCGGGUUGAACUUGCGACUGUUGGGUGUUCGCAUGUCACAAUUGACGCCGUCGUCGUCAGCUGGAACCGGAAAUGACAAGCCUAGCCGGAAGCAGCGCACUCUGAGCGAACUACUGGCCGUCGAGUGUCCGGCCAGGAAGAAGAGGAAAUUGGAGGAGGACGGACAAGUGCUGUCCUCCUCUUCGGAACCGGAUCCGACUUUGGCGUCUCUCUUAUUCACCUGUCCGGUUUGCCACUCGUGGCGGACGAAGGACGGUGAAGUCGCCCUCAACAGCCACAUCGACGAAUGUUUGAAUCAACAAGUUCUCUACCCUCCAGCUGAGACAACACCACCACUCGCAACAACCACUUCUUUGGUGUUGCCCAGCUCAUCUUCUUCUUCCACUUGUCACCAGACGAAACUCGAUCGAUACAUAAUCCGCCGUAGUAAAUGAUUCCCCCUUUUAGUCUUCCAUAUCAAGUUUAGAGUUUUUAAUAAUUGAUAGAUGAAUUUAUUAGAUGAGGAUGGGUGGGUGGGUAGAUUGAUGGUUGCCGCUACGAGUCGCUGUCGUCGCAGCUCUUAUCGAUUCGCCGAGAUGUUAAUGAUGAUGGCCCUUUUCAAUAAUGUAGUACAACCGUCUGCUACCACUGUAGACUCUCUCCCCCCCUCCAAUCGGAAAUCCAAAUGUCAACAGCGCAACCAACCAAGUUCUUUCGCGUGUUCCAUUUGGACUGAAAAGGGAGGGUGGGUGUAUAUAUAUCCAACCGUUUCCAUAGCGACACUUUCGAGUUCACAUCAAACGGAGAGAUAGAGAAGAACCCCCAUCACGCAGCUUCUUCUUCUUCCGACUUUUGUCAAAGUCCAUCAAUAAUCAAUAAGACACGGGGUCGAUUUCAUCGGCCAUUAGAUUUUCAUCCAUCCCUUUUUUAUUUUAUGUAAUCUCAAAUCUAAAUCUUUCAAAUCUAAAUGCGGUGGAGGGAGGGUCAGGUGGGGACCCUGGACUGGGGGGAGAUGAUAUAAAUAUCCGGUAGGGAGGGGAGAGAGAGCAUUGUCGUGUUCGUGUACUUUGCAGCGUCGACUACGUAAUGACGCGCGACGAAGCGAGGAUUUGAAUAAUGUAAUGGAGCAGGAACAGGAGGAGGAUGGAGGAUGGAGAAAGGGAGCCGAGUUUCGGUUGUCAUGGCGAUUGCAUCCAAUCCUAACAAAAGAAUCGAUUUCCCUUCCGGGCGGAUCUUUUCUUUAUAGAAGAAGAAGACGGACAUUGUGGCACGUGUUAUUGAGCUGCUGCCGAGUCGAUAAUGACACACAUGUCAGUCACGUCUCUCAUCCGACCAAAAUGCAGUGUAGGAGUAGUAGGAGAUCGGUGGCCUCCUCAUCUUUUGAUGUGUCUGUCUCCCCUCCGCCAAUUGACGGAUGAUUGAGAUAUUUCCCCCAUCAGCUGGAACGAAGGGAAUAAGUGGGCCAUCACUUAAUUGCCCGCCGAGUUGCAAUUCUUUUGUGUGUCUGUCUGUGUCAUCGUUCCGUUUGAUGUUGCGGCUCUCUACGGCAGCAUCCAGCGGGAAUGGGGGGGGGGGGAGGAAGAAAAGUUGAUCAGACACACCACCGCCAAUUCCCCAAUGAAUUCGUCCAGGAAAAAAGAAGGAAGGAAGAAAAAUCUGUGACGUUUCCAUCCAUCAAGUCUCUAAUUGAGUUGCUCCCCCCGUAUUUUGCCCCGUGUGCACACGACUUGUAAUGCAAUUAUCUUUUUGAUUCAUUUUCACAGGCUGACCAAAAAAAGAAAAAAGAAAAGAAAUCUGGGCGAAUGUGAAACGGAUGCAAUCAAAGACCCAACGGCAGUUUCCGGAAUAGUCCCGCAGCAGCAAAAACUCCUUUUUCUUCUUUUUUGGGUAGAAAAAAGAAAAUUGCCGACUCGGCUGUAUAGACGAUACGACCCUCUCGUGAGAUGAGAAAAAAGGAGCCCAGUCAGCUCCUGUGGCGACGUUCGCUUGUCAACAGACUCCUCCUCUCCUGGCCGAUCGAUACACUCUUAGGCGACGACGGCGACGCCACUGGCAGACUCUGGCGCACACUUUCGCCACACACACCGAAUAUCCAAUCAUAAACAUGUCGGGACACGAAACUUUUGGACCCCGGACCAAUGAAAUUACCAACGACCCCGACAGUUUUUUAUCGGGAAUCCUCGUGACUGUUGGCCACGAGGUCCAUCGCGCGGUAUCCCGGCCCGGAAAAUCUUGUGACGUCCAGUCGUCGGUGUCGGUUUGCAAUGG